AUGUGGAGUUGGUCUCAAGAACAUGCACUUGGCCAAGCUUUUCUCUUACACAUGGAAUCCUACAAGGAGCUCACUUGCGAGUUCUUAGCUUCAAUGAGGUACCACAUGUAUGAAGAGGAAGAUAGAGCUGAUUUGGACCAAGGAUUGGGAUGGAUCACGUUCUUGGCUAAGGGAGAGAAGAGAAUGGUGACCUUUAGGCAGCUUGGAAUCUUGUUUGGGUUCAACUAUGGAGAAGGUACCAAGUGGAACUUCAAGGAAAAGGAACUCCAAAGGGUUUGGGCUACAAUCGCUGAUGGAGUGUACUCUUCCUCAAGGUCCAAGGCUGCUCAGAUCAGGAGCCCAGUGCUUGAGGCAUCAACGAGGGAAGGCGCUAAGUGUUGGAGGGCUCAUCACCCUAUCUUGUGUGCUGCUGGAGUGAACCCAACUGAUAGAGAGCCACUGAACCAGGUUGGAUGGACAUCAACUUCUCCUGCCCAACCCAGAGCUCACCACAGUAGUAGGGGUGAGAACAUUGACUUCAGACCCCCUGUGUACACAUUAGUUGGGCAUGAGGAUGAUUUGCGAGAAGAGGAGCCUGACUCGAUCGAGCUGAGCGAUCGAGCUGAGGAUCGAGCUGAGCUCAAGCUGAGGAUCGAGGAGCCAGGAGAGCGGAUUUGGAGGAUUGGACUUCUCCAAAAGUUCAACAAAUGGCAAGGGAAAGCCAUUGAGAAGAUGCAAAAGUCCAUGGACAAGAUGGUGAGCAAGAUCAAAAGUUUGGAGAAGAAGGUUUCUGGUUCUUCAAGCAAGAAGAAGAAGUCCAAGGCCCCCACAUUCCUAGGAGUAGAUCACUCCUCACCACUCCAAGGAGGCUCCCUGCCCAAGAGCCUCACAGAGCCUCUUCUUUCGAGCCAAGGGAAGGAGAAGACAACACGCAGAGAAGGAGGAAGACUUCCAAGGCCAGACGCUCCAGCUCGACCACCGGACUCGAUCGAGUCCAAACAGAGGAAACUCAACUCGAUCGAGCUGACGGUCGAGUUGACCUGGAGGAGCCCCUGUUUGAGAUCCGGAUUUGAGUACGAUCCAACGCCUACCAGGACUUCUCCCAGAGAUGGACCCCUACAACAGCUUCGAGCAAGCCAGCUCCACCAAGGCCAAGGAGCCACACACUUUCAAGAUGAAGAAGAGGAGGAAGAGGAGCCGCAAGCUCGAUCGAGUGAGCCACAAGAGGCAACCCAGUUGCAUGGAGUGCUCCUGAUGGCCGUCUCCAUCUCCAGACCACGACCUAGUCUCCCAGUUCUUUGGGGGACACUGAGGCUAAGUUUGGGGGUGCCAACUCGAGCUCGAUCGAGUUGGGUGUAA